GGCAGAUGUCUUAAGUAGGCGUCGCAGCUCGAUGUUUUGUUCGGGUUUGGCUUCAUCUUAGUUUCUAAUUCCUGUUGUUCUGUUUCUCUUGAACGUCUGUCUUGCACCAGUGCCUUGAGGCCCCCAAACUCGCUCUUCUUUCAUUGCGCCUCCACAGCCUUGGAUACUGAUUACCUCCCAGUCUACACAACAAGGCCAACACUGUUCCUUAAUCGAUAACUUUACCCCAGCUGUGCGCAUUUAUAAGGCCAUAUCGUCUUGCCCACAAUGGCGUCGUUCGCCUACAAGUCGCUACUCGAAGCCUCGUUACUGUUAGCUCGAGCAAGUGACAGCGACCGCAGCGCGAUUCAGGAAUACCGCAGUCAUUGUACAUACGACACUUGUCCACUUAGCGCAUCUUACUGGGGAUAUCGUCCAUCUUUAAGUGCGAACCUUGCAUUUCUGAUCCUUUUCGGAAUAUCAACAUUGGGAUACAUUAGCCAAGGCUUCCUCAACAAGGCAUGGUUGGGCUUUACAAUCGCUAUGGUGUGUGGAUGCGCGCUGGAGGUAAUUGGUUACGUUGGUCGGGUGCUUGCGUAUAAUGAUGGCUUCACUGAGAAUCCCUUUUUGAUUCAGAUCAUCUGCCUCACGAUUGCUCCAGCCUUCCUUGCCGCUGGAAUAUACCUCUGCCUAUCCCGCAUUGUCAGCACUUUCGGUGCCGAGAACUCGCGCAUCAAGCCGUUGUCGUACCCUCGUAUCUUCAUCCCCUGCGACAUCGCUUCUCUAGUCCUCCAAGCCCUUGGCGGCGGCAUCGCCAGUGCGAAGACUCAUCAGAACGAGGAUCCAACCGUCGGCAACAACAUCAUGAUCGCGGGUCUCGCCUUUCAAGUACUGACAUUACUCAUUUUCAUCGUCUUAGCUCUUGACUUUGCAACUCGUACAAUCGGCCGGAUUCGCAAACUCGGUCAGGACGCGCUGGAUCCAAGGCACGCGAAGCUGCGUAACUCAUGGCAAUUCAAGGGGUUCCUUGUUGCCCUUUCUUUCGCGACGCUCUGCGUCUUCACACGAUGCGUAUACAGGGUCGCAGAGUUGAGUGAGGGUUGGAGUGGGCACCUGAUUAAGACGCAGAGAUACUUUAUUGGGCUUGAGGGCGCUGUCAUCGUGGCUGCGGUGCUGUCAUUGAACCUCUUUCAUCCAGGACUUUGCUUCAGAGAGGCACUCGAUGCGAGGACAGAACCUAAGAAUAAGGGCAACAGGACAUGGUACGGGAGAAAGAGGAACGUUGCUGCUAAGCAAAGCAGUGAAGAAGAUAUCAGGAUGGAGAAGUAGAACUGCAUUGAAAAUCUAAUCGCUCUUGAUUUAUAGAUAAACACGAUAGUAUAUCCAUUUGCAC